GUCAUUGGGGACAUUCACUGAUCGACACACGGGGCCCAUCAACAGCGAUUAGGCGGGCCUCCUUGACUUCAUUGAGUACUGUGCCAGUAAAGCAUAUGACGGCCAGGGGAACGCGACCCUCGUUCUCCCACGUAGAAAACACGGGCCAAAAUGGCGAAAUGAAUUGCCGUUGAAUGAAAGGUUGCUCACUGAUCCGUAAUAACUCGAAAUGGGUGCAGCCUGGUUUUCUGCUCUCUCGUUAAAUUAUUCGCUGUUAACUUAAUCCGAAAUGUAAUUCCACAAUAAAGUAAUUUAGUUUGGCUGUCAGAAUCAAGUGUCACCUGUGUAGAAGACGGAGGCUGGCAACUUUAAAACAGGACGCGGUAAUUAGCAGAAAUUUCGGUCCAUGGAGCCCGGCCUGCGCGUGGUCCGGGGACCCGACUGGAAAUGGUCCAAUCAGGACGACGGGGAGGGACACGUGGGCACGGUUGUGGAGAUCGGCAAGCCUGGUAGUACCAGCUCCCCAGAUAAGACGGUAGUCGUGCAGUGGGACAGCGGGACCAGAACCAACUACCGAACCGGGUACCAGGGAGCUUUCGACUUGGCGCUGUACGAUAAUGCCGUCGUAGGUGUGAAACACCCCAACAUCAUCUGCGAUAUCUGCAAGCGUCCCGGUAUCAAGGGAAUGCGCUGGAAGUGCAUCGACUGCCACGACUACGACCUGUGCACGGUCUGUUACAUGAGCGACAAGCACGACCUGACCCACUCCUUCCUGCGAUUUGUCACCCAGAACUCAAUCGGGGUAAAAGUCAGCAAGCGCCAGUCUGCCACCAGGCUGUCUCUUAGAGGGCUCUUUCCAGGGGCGAAGGUUGUGAGGGGACCAGACUGGGACUGGGGCAACCAGGACGGUGGAGAGGGCAAAGUGGGCAAGAUCACAGACAUCCGGGGAUGGGACGUGGAGUCCGGCCGCAGCGUGGCCAGUGUCUCGUGGUCGGGCAGUGCGACGAACGUCUACCGGGUCGGCCACAAAGGCAAAGUGGACUUGAAGUACACCCAGGAUGCCAUCGGGGGAUAUUAUUACAAGGAGCACCUUCCCAAGUUGGGUGAAGACCUGCAGACAGUCCCAAUGCAAGAUGGGAAGGCAUCCUUGAUCUUCAGUGUCGGCGAUAAGGUCAAGGUCAUCCUGGAGGAAGAUGUCCUGAAAGCCAUGCAGGAGGGCCACGGAGGCUGGAACCCCAAAAUGGCCGAGUGCAUUGGCAAGGUGGGCGUGGUUCACCGGGUGACGGAGAGGGGCGACAUCAGGGUCCAGUAUCCGCCCAACAGCAUCAGGUGGACAUUCCAUCCAGGGUCGCUGAAUAAGGUGGAUGCCUAUGCCUCGGGCGACAGGGUAAGGGUCAGCACAAACAUCUCCAUGGUGAAGAAACUGCAGGUUGGACACGGGGAAUGGAGCGACAACAUGAAAGACACUCUUGGCAAGACGGGCAAGGUCAUCAAGGUCUACCCAGACGGUGACCUACGGGUUUCCAUCGGUGACCACACCUGGACCUUCAACCCAUCAUGUGUCUCGCCGGUGGAGCCGGGCGCACCGGACCUCAACAACACGCUAGUGUCGGAAAGAGACGAAGAGCAGUCAGGUAUUCUUCACCUUGCAUUGGAUCAGAUCAUAUCUCAUCCAUCCAACAGCGACGCCCCAGCCAAGUUAGUCAGUGAGGCAGCUCAAGGGAACAAGCUGGCCGUGGCAGAAAUCCUCAGCAAGCACUCUGACUGGGUGGACAGCAAGAAUUCUGGCAAGACAGCCCUGCAGGUGGCCAGCCAUCAAGGCCACCUGGAGGUCAUCAAGGUGCUGCUCCUAAGCAAAGCCAGUCUGGAGAUACAAGACCAGGACGGCGACACAGCGUUGCAUUAUGCCGUCUUUGGCAACCAGCCGGACGUGGUCCAGUACCUGCUCAACAAGAAGGCCAAGAUUGACGCAGUCAACAACGGCCAGUGCAGCAGCCUGCACGUGGCCGUCAACAAGAGCUUCACGGCCUGCGUGCGCGUGCUGCUCCGCCACAAGUGCAACAUCAACCUGCAGGAUUCGUACGGCGACACGGCUCUGCACGACGCCAUCGCCAAGAACUGCAAGGACAUCAUCGACAUGCUGACGGAGGUGGACGGAGCCGACUUCACGCUAAAAAACCAGCGGGGGUUCAACGUCAUACACCACGCCGCCCUGAAGGGAAACCAGUACGCCACAGAGAAGCUGGUUGUCAAGGCCCGACAGCUGGUCAAUUUGAAGAAGGGCGAUGGGUUCUCGGCCCUCCAUCUGGCGGCCUUGAACGGACACCGGGAUGUUGCCGAGGUCCUCAUCACAAGGGGUCAGGCUGACAUUGACAUCCAGAACAAUCGCAAGCAGACGCCGCUGCUGCUGACCGUGGGCCAGGGCCACACAGCAGUCCUGGAGCUGCUGGUCUCUAAAGGCGCCCACGUCAACGCCGAGGACGAGGACGGAGACACCAGCCUGCACCUGGCCCUGAUGAGGCAGAGCGUCUACGCCACGGCAGACAGCACGCCCAUCCUCUCUAAGAUUCGCUCAUCACUACCUCCUAGCGACAACAACAUUGGCACCGGGCCAGCAGUUGCCUGCUACCUGACCAUAGAGGGCGCCAACCUUCAGCUGCGGAACCACCUGGGCAAGACACCACUGGACCUGGCGGCCGCUGCCCAGCUGGACAGCCUCCUCAAGCAGUGUGCCGAACUCAGACAACGGAGGCUGGGAGAGCUGCCAAAAAACCCUCCCAACCUGAAACAGAAACCGGCGAGCAGGUCAGCACCCAAAUCAGCCAGUGCCCCAUUGCCCGGUGACCUGGCGGCGAGCAGGGCGCCGGACAAGCCGCCCGUUGCCCAGACAGACGGCGGCAACCUGCAGGCCAUCAUGACCCAGUGCCGCAUGUGCCAGAACCCGGCUAACUGCCAGUUCCGGCCCUGCGGCCACCAGGCCACCUGCAUGGAGUGUGCCAAGCUCUUCCAGAAGUGCUUCAUCUGCAAGGUCACUUUGCAGGAACCUGUGACAGAGGCUUUCAAACUAGACGAGAACAACAAGUGCACCCUCUGUAGUUCAAGGAGUGCAGAGGUCACCUUCAUUCCCUGUGGUCACCGGACAGUAUGCCAAGAAUGUUCCCACAGACUCAAAGAGUGCACGGUGUGUAAGAAGACCAUCGUAGAGAAACUCGGAAAGGAUGGCCGCCAAGUCUCCACCCGCCGGGGGUCUGCACCAACAAUAUCAGCCUCACCCAAAGGGAGUAGUCCCUCAUCCGUGCCCCGGCACAAAGAGCUGGCCACCGCCACCCACCCCAGCUCCAAGGAGGUGCAGGAGCUGAGGAUGAAGAUGCAAGAGCUGGAGGACGCCCAGCUCUGCAACAUCUGCAUGGAGCGCAAGCGGGACACCGCUUUCCUCUGCGGUCACAGCACCUGCAAGAAAUGCGCCAAGCCCCUCAAGCAGUGCCCCAUCUGCCGCAAGCCCAUCACCAAGAAGAUCAUGCUCUUCACGUGACGGAUCCGCCCUCCGCCCCUCACCUCCCUCCGCCAGGGAAGGCAUAGAUCAGGAAUUGGUUCUCUUUUCCCGGUCGUCCGCUUGAUUUUUCAAGCUUGGACAGUGGUUGUGGAAACAACACCCACGUAGGAACUUAGAUGUUGCAGGAACCCAAAAAUGUUACUGGGAUACUUUCUCCCCUAAAAUCGACCUCAACUUUCCCCCGUACGCACAUAAUUGUAUACGUCAGUUUUUAUUAGCAUUUCUGGAAUAUAAAACCAAGGAUUUCUCCAGCGUUCCCCAGGCAUUGUAGCUUGUAAGCCUAAAGAAACCUGCCGAGAGGAGACAAUGAGAAAUAGUUACAGACGUAAAGGGAGAAAGAAGAUCCUCAGUGAAUAUUCCAGGUGAAACCAAUGGAGUCAGGUUGGGACUGCAAAACCCAAUCCACAUAUGGAUCAAGUUCGAAGCUUGAGCCUGGGCCGCAGAGGGAAAAAAACCACUGUGGCAGUCUAACGUCCCUAUUCAAUUCUGUCAAUUGGAUUGACUCUAUGUACUGAGCACGCACACGUGCGAAUAUGCACGCCCGCCCUCUACAGGACAAUGCAGGGACUGCUACGCCAAUCAUCCAAGAGCACUUUGCUGCCCUCAAAUUUCCCCUAGAAAACAAAUGAAAACAUCAAGAAAGAGAUAUGACAAAACAGUUGCUGGCCUCGGGAGCUAUGCAUUCCUCCGGUUUUCAAAACGUCAUAUGCCACAUUACUGCAGUUGGCAAUUGUUCAACGUAUCCUGCAACACCACCUCCAAGGCAGGACUGGUCUGUAAGCUUGUCCAUAUCGCUAGUCCAAAGCGUUCACUAGUGAGGGUGUGCCAGUGCAUUGUGGGCCAUACUUCCCUACGUGUUGCUGUGUUGAACACGUCCCCGCUCUCUCUUGCCCUGACAUUGAAUCAUUUGCAUAUUCCAAACAUUGUGGAUGCCCAUGUUAAUGAUGAAUAAUUUGGAUCCCAACGUUGGUUUUAGGCAGCAUUAUUUUGUCAGCACCAUGUGUGUUUGGUGUCAGCAUCAUUAUAUAUGUGUUGUCGGGUAUAAAAACACUUCGUCCUCUGGGACAAAAACCAUGUGUUUUUUUUUUCAAACUUACAGUGUGAAAUCUCAUGCAGUCAAUGUGCAGAGUCACAUUUCACAUUUGUACUGUCAAAAUUGAGAAAGAAAGGAACGUUUUUCCGGGAACGUGAGCGUAAUCAUUCACACCAAGCACUGAAACAGGUAAUGCACGUUGGAAUUAGCAACACCAAAUACACAGUUUAAAUCUAUUCUCCAAUGUUGUGUUGUAUUGGCGCAGUAUUACUGGAAGAAAGCUACACACAUCCAGGAGUUUACUGCUGUUUGUGGUGAGCCAAAAGUGUGUUUUGGUGACAAGGCCUGUCCAGAAUUCAUUUACAUUGAAUUCCCCCAUAGAUCCACGUCUGGACAAAAGACUGUUUGUUUCCUAAGUGUCAUUCAACGUAAAUUUGAAACUUCUUUGAGUUUGUAUUGCUCAAAACUUGUAAUAUAGCGAUUUAAGAAAAAAUUUGAGAUGGACUGAGAUUUUUGUGCUUCCAAUUUCUAAAAUUGGGUCAACAUUAUCCACACUUAAAAUAGGGAGAGAUAUAAAAGUGUGUAUAUUUUCCUUUUACUUUUAUGUACUUGGUGAACUGUGGCCGUGAAAUUGUAGAAUAGAUUUGUAACAAACCUCUUUGUUACAAUUCUUUAUUGUGUUAUAAUUCUUUAUUGUGGUAUGUUGUAAUGCCUUUAUGAAGACAUGAAUUCUACAUUUUACAUGAUUUACAGCUUAUGCAUAUUCAUUAUUUUGGCAUAUGCCUUGGUUGCCAUGGUUUCCCAUGGUGAUCACCGUGGCAACCCAUUCAGAAAGCAUAGCAUUUAAAGUCAAACGCCAUGGCCACCUGUCACAUUGUCAAAACAAACGUACACAGCUGGGGAGGGGGGGUUGCCAAUCCCCUUUAUCGGCCCAACUUGGUCAGAUGGCGUGAAACGCCUGUUUUUGUCUACCUUUUUUUCUCACAGUGCCUUUAUCUCUUUUGUAACAAAUUUCUUGAUAUCUACUGCCUUUGAGUCUCCAAAAUUACACUUGAUUUUUCCAGAAUUCUCCCCAAGUAGAAGAAUGGUUUGUGAAGCAGAAGAAGAAUCUGUUUAAUUGCCCUAUUUAAGGCUUUUUAGUUUGAUUUUUAGUCACUGUUUUACUCCCUCCCCCCCAAAAGAAAUCGGCUUUUCACUUUAAAUGAGUUGCUUUCAUUCCAAAGUUAUAGAGAAAUAAUAUGUACAGAAAAUUGACGUAAAUAUAUGUAUUCAGGUGGUGUAAGUAAUUAAAGGAUUUAACAGCUAGGACAUGUGAGUGUAAGGCCCCCCCUUAGAACUUAGAGAAGGAAAACAAAUCCAGUGACAGUCCACCUUUUGGUCAAGGCUUCAACUGUGGCCAAACCCACACACUGCACCCUCCAGAAAAUGAGUUCCCCCCCCCCGUUCCCUCUGCGCAAUGUACUCCCGUUACGCAACUAUAUGAUAGGCUUAUGCUUUUCUCAGGUUCGAAUGUAAUUUGGGGGAGGGGGCUGGUCUAAACACCAAAGGUUUCCCGUGUCCAAAUAUCGACAGGGUGUGGCCGAUUGUUACACACGUCUGUGGGAAGUGAUUUGAAGCACUAGCCACCGUUUCCAAAGCCACACCGAUUACAUGUAUAUAUGUAGCAGCAGAUUUAUUCUUGGGAAUGGACAUUUUUUUUAUCCAGGCCAUUCGUUAAAUGGUUUUUCUUUGUCUUUGGUCUGUGUUCAAGGUCCCCCGCUGUGAACAUUUAGGCUCAUUUUUUAGUUAUUGUGUUAAGUUGCAAGGACAUCAGACCGCAUAAAAUGGAGCUUUUUAUAUCAGUCUGAGAGCAUUUAAUGUCUGCAGAUUGAACUGGUGCCAGAGCAGAGCUUUAAAAGGGCAGCUAGGCUACAUAUGGCCAUAGUGAUACAUAAGUCCAAGUACAAGCCCUGAUCAAGACGUUGUACGUAGCACUAGACCUUGAGUUCAGGUGUAUUGAAGCAAAGUGGCAUGAUUUAGAUAAAUUGUUCAUCAAGAAGCUUUUAAAGUCGUACCAAAUCUGUGAGGACAUUGUGUAAGAGAACUAAUCAAUUAGAGUCGUGCAUUGAAAGCAAGAAAAUUAAAUUGGCGGAUACAUGUAUUUCUCAUUGUUGGAGGGAAACAGUGCACAGGAAAUGACACCUUUUUGCCUUUGUGAAAGCUGCCGUCUUACAAUAUUCCUUAGAACAUCUGAUGUGACUUGGUUUUUCUGACAACCUGUUGUGUUUCCUUUUUUACUGGGCAUUGGCUGUGUAUUUCCACACGGAAUAUUUGUGUACAAUUUCUAUAUGAAGUGGGUCAGAUUUACUUAUAGUCAAAUGGAUUUGUUGAUGAAUGGGCAUUUUUCCUGUUCUGGUCACUGCUGGUUUUCUUAACAUGCUAUUGUCACUGGCAGGUCUUGCCUCUCAAGAAACACUGAUUUUGUGGUUUUUCUGGUCACUUGAAGCCCGUUUGAAAGAAAAGGUUUAUGCAAACUGUGAAGUGGAUCAAAAAUUGCCCAAUGAUACUUCCAUGGUGAAGUGGGUCGGAAAUUGCGCUAUGAUACUUCCAUGGUGAAGUGGGUCGAAAAUUGCCCGAUGAUACUUCCAUGGUGAAGUGGGUCUAAAAUUGCCCUAUGAUACUUCGAUGCGAAUCCUCGCUCAGUGGGGGUCAGUUGAAAUGCUAGCCCACUUUCUUGAAGCAUGUGUUGUCAGUUUCAGUGAUAAGAUACCGGAGAACUGUGCUAGAAGUCAUCUCAUACCUAGCCUUCCCCAAUCAUUGGCACAAUUUAUAGUCCUCUUAAUUUGAUUGCCAGGCCCCAUAUGAUCUUAUACUGUAUGGUAUACUCAAAGUUACAGGAAAGGCUCAUUAAUGAACAACCGUUGAUCGAGCUGUCUCGCCACCACACCCGUACAUUGUUAUGGGGCAUAUCAAAAAGUCCAUGCUGCAAGUCCCAUCUACGUCUGCGCCAUCGUGUAUCCGUUUUUCUGCACUCCACCCGCCCCCGGCUUAAUUUGGAGAGAGCUGAUUUCUGUGACAGAAACAUUGAAGUUAUGUUUUGUUUGACUUGUGCUUUCGCUUGGGUUCAAAAACGAUUCGACAGUUAACCCUGCCCUGCCGCAGACGAAAAUAUGAAAUUAUGAAAAUUAGUCUAAGUCAAGUCACGCAACAUGUCACUGGUUUACACAGAAUUAUUUCAACAGCGCCCUCUUUUGAGUGGGAAUAUGCAAUACACUUCUUUAUUUAUCGACCGAGUUUCUUCCCAAAAAAAGCUUCAAUCCUCACUCACUUCAAUCUUCGCCGUUAAUUAAAAGCCAUAACCGUAAGAAAAAGUGUUCCUUGCGGGCCUAAGUCCUAGGAUCCCUGGAAAUGUACAAUGACCGAGUAAACGAUAAAAGCCUUGGAAUCACCCGAACGUUUGGGGUGGUAUUCAGAGAGCAUUGUCCAGUGCACGCUAAGAAAGUUGAGCAAGUUAUGUUGAUGUAUAGGCAUUAACUAUGCGGGUAAUUAAGCUGUCUAUGUACUCCUGAAUGUCGGUUUCUGAUUAAAUGGAGAGUUACUCCGCAGCGCUACACUCUA